AUGGGGAUUUGUCCCAGCGCCAGCGCCGUAGCUCUAGCUGCGCUUCUUAUCGCCCUCGGGGGUGUGGGUGUACAAGGAUUAUCUAAUGGAGUCGCCAAGCUGCCUGUUCUGGGUUACAAUACCUGGAAUGCCUACCAAUGCAAUAUAGAUCAAGACCUCAUCGUGGAGACAGCGCAUCUGAUGCAGAAGCUCGGGCUCCAGGAUGCUGGGUACUCCUAUGUGAACAUCGACGACUGCUGGUCGUCCAAGAACCGCUCAGAGAGUGGGGACCUGGUACCUGACCCGAUCCGCUUUUCCAGGGGGAUGAAGAGCUUGACUAGCGAGAUACACGCACUUGGAUUUAAGGCUGGCAUUUACGGGGACUCCGGCUGGAAGACUUGUGGCGGUUAUCCCGGCUCGUAUGAUCACGAAGAGCAGGACGCGAAGCUCCUCUUUGCUGAUUGGGCCUUCGACUACCUCAAGUACGACAACUGCUACAUCCCGUUCGAUGACGUGACGCGCCAAGGAAUCAUCGGAAAGUACGAUCGCAUGGUGGAUGCUCUCAAAACGGUCAGGGCUGCUCACACCGGGAAGCCCGUUGUGUUCUCGCUCUGCGAGUGGGGCUGGAGUCAAGUUUGGCUUUGGGGAGCCGAGCAAGGUCAUAGUUGGCGUAUCACGGGUGACAUCGCUGCUAGUUGGCCUGCCCUGGCAGCCAUUAUCAAUGCAAACUCCUUCAUCACGCAAGCCACCAACUUCUAUGGGCAUAAUGAUAUGGAUAUGUUGCAACUCGGUAAUGGUGGCCUUACCUACGACGAGGCGAAGAGCCACUUCACCGCGUGGGCUCUGCUCAAGUCGCCACUGCUUAUCGGUACCAACCUCUCUGCAAUCACAGACGACGUCCUGGACAUCCUCACGAACCGUGAGAUCCUGGCCAUCAAUCAGGAUCCCGUCAUCGGUACCAGCCUCUCGCCGUUUAGUUGGGGGAUCAACCCCGAUUGGACAUAUAAUGAGACGUUUCCCGCUCAGUAUUGGUCAGGUCCGAGCGAGAAUGGCACUGUAUUCAUGCUCCUGAAUACGCUGGAUGAGCCCGCAGACAUGUUCUUCAACUUGACGCAAAGCCCGUGGAUGCGUGCGGGACGGCAGUAUUCCGUCCGAGACCUGUGGUCGCACACGGAUAAUGGUACUGCUGUUCGUAACUUCACAGCUGAAGCCGUGCCUGCGCACGGUAUUGUCGCGUUGCUGCUGAAGGACGCCGGAGAUGAACCCGACGGAAUUUACCCGGACUGUGCUGUCUGGUAUCAGUGUAGUACAGAGAACGGGACCUAUGUUGGUGGUUAG